GUCAGCCCCGGCAAGAUGGCGGCCCCCUUGGAGCUCAGUUGCUGGGGAGGUGGCUGGGGGCUCCCAUCGGUGCACAGCGAGUCCCUGGUGGUGAUGGCUUACGCCAAAUUUUCUGGUGCACCCUUGAAAGUCAAUGUCAUAGAUAACACCUGGAGAGGUUCAAGAGGAGAUGUACCAAUUUUGACAACUGAAGACAACAUUGUUUCUCAGCCUGCAAAAAUACUAAACUUUUUAAGAAAACAGAAAUAUAAUGCUGAUUAUGAACUCUCAGCAAAACAGGGGGCAGAUACCCUGGCUUACAUUGCUCUCAUCGAAGAGAAGCUUCUUCCUGCAGUGCUUCACACAUUCUGGGUUGAGAGUGACAAUUACUUUACUGUGACAAAGCCAUGGUUUGCUUCACGAAUUCCUUUUCCCUUGAGUUUGAUUCUGCCUGGAAGGAUGUCUAAGGGAGCACUAAAUAGAAUUCUUCUGACCAGAGGAGAGCCUCCUCUCUACCACCUCCGAGAAGUGGAAGCUCAGAUAUACAGAGAUGCCAAGGAGUGCCUAAAUCUUCUGUCAAACAGAUUGGGAACAUCUCAGUUUUUCUUUGGAGAUACGCCAUCUACCUUGGAUGCCUAUGUAUUUGGUUUCCUCGCGCCACUUUAUAAAGUACGCUUUCCUAAAGUUCAGUUACAAGAACAUCUGAAACAGCUCUCCAACCUGUGCCGUUUCUGUGAUGACAUCCUAAACAGUUAUUUUAGGCUUAGUCUUGGAGGCAUCUCUCCUGCUGGACAAGAAACGGUAGAUGCAAAUCUGCAGAAACUCACACAGCUUGUAAAUAAGGAAUCCAACUUGAUUGAAAAGAUGGAUGACAAUCUUCGCCAAAGCCCUCAGCUUCCUCCUCGGAAACUGCCAACACUUAAAUUGACUCCAGCAGAAGAAGAAAGUAAUUCCUUACAACGGCUAUCGCCCUGACAGUCCUCAUGCUUUGUGUCCAAAGUCAUGUGAUUGUUGCAGUCAUCUCUUACACUACUUAUGUGAUGGCAAACAGAAAAUAUCAUUAGUAGGUAUAAGGAAGGCUCUAAAAAGAAACUUUCUCUGACAUCUAGUUUUUCUUAAUUAGGAAGCUUGUAUUUUAGCUUGGCAGUGCACUUUAGAUAACAUCAGAGUAAAUGCUAAAUGAACUUGGGGAAAAAAGAAAACACACUGUACUGUAUAUUUAAACAACAACAACAGCCUGCCUUAAUCUUGGCAGAUUUUUGCCUUUAGUUCACAUGUUGCUGACCAAAACAUACAAUUCUGUUCUGAAUGUGUGCUCUUAUUUAUUCAAGUUAAUUUAUUAUUAAUUUAGUUUUCUUGGAACAGUUUAAAUAUCUAAUAUGUGGCUCUUUGAGGCUUUUUUUUCUUCUGUUUAGAAAUUUUGAUGCCAAUUUUAGACGUUAGGGAAAAAUGUAAUGUUCUCAUAUUCUAUUUACUUCAGUAGAAAAGCCUGUAUUUAAAAAGCAACAAGGAAUGUGCUUUUGAAUUAUGCUCUCAGAAGUGUAAUCUUUUGGGCUAUCAGUACUAUACACACACACACACACACACACAUAUAUAUGUCUGAGAUAUAUAUAUGUAUCACAGGUGGUUACAUAUAAUAUUCAUCUGACUGUAUGCACUUCAAUAGAACAUUGGUAUUGGUGAUGUGUUCAGUUAAGGUUGGCAAGGAUUCUUUUAGUUUAUUGGACCAAUGGCAGCUUUAGACCUAUGUAUUUGUAGUACAUUUUUAACUCAAGUCCUCUCUUUCUUGGAUUAAUUUCAGGGGAACUGAGUAUAUUGGUCAUCAUUUAUUAUGGUAGGCUAUAAAGUCUUACUGAAAGUUGCCCAACUGUCAGAUACUACUCUGCUAGAGUGACAGAAGUACCUACUGUGCGCUUGGUCCAAGUUCAUCAUGCUUGAACCAUUGCUCUUUUCAUAAAACGACUGUCACGUCAAAAGCUUUAUGGCAACUUAUUAUUUUCCAUAUAGUUGAACUACAGUUGAAGCAUCUAAUGGGAUAUUUGGAAAUAGCGGUAGUUUUUAAAGAGUAUUUUCUAUUUAUUGGUUGCCGACCUGUUAAAGGAUUUGCUGUGCAGGUGAUUUUCCUUAUAACAGAAUCUCUCUAAUUUUAGUGGCUGAGGUGCUUCUGUUGUCCUAAAACCACUUCUGGGGUUUUUAAAAUAUAGGAUCAUGUUUUUGAUUAGUGUCUCAAAAGAUUACUAUGGUGCUCAGCAAAUCUUACCACGUCGUGCAGAAACCCCCAUGUUAAGAAAACAGCUCUAUAGUCAAGAGACUUGCCUAAUUGGAGCUGAAUGGAGCUCAGCUGUGUUUGACCUAAAUCCUCCCAGUUUGCUCUGUAUUUAGGUAGCUCUUGAUGCAGGAGUCUAUAAAUCAUUGUAAAUAUUUUUUCUUGAAAGUUUUAAUUAAAUGAGAAACAAGGUAGUCUUCAAAAUCUUAUCUGUUUGGAUGUAUUUAGGGAAAGUAACUAAUGAGUUUCGCAUUACUUCUGCAAUGAGUUUGUGUGCUUUGUAUUAAUUUUCUAUUAGAUUCCAGCAAUCCAAAAUACGUACGAAUAUUCUAUAUUAAAAAUCAUGACCAUAGGACUUACCGUCCUCUGGGAUUGAUGUAUAUUGGAGAAGGGUGGUUAACACAUUAAUCAGUCUAUUUAUACUUUAGUUAGGGUUGGUCUUUUUCAAUUGUGAUUUAUGUUAAGCCUUCAAAGAAGCAUUUGAAGUGGCUUAAAAUUGUCAAUGUACGUAAAACAGGACAAUUAAAAUUAGGUUUGGGAAAAAUGAAAAAUUGGGGGAGAAAGAGCUAUAUCAACCCUAACAGAUUCUAAAAUCAAAUGGCAAAUUUAACUCCCAAGUUUCUCCCUGGGCACAAAGAUAAUACUGGCUUAUGUAAAGUUUUCUGGGAGUAAAACUACUAAUAUCCAUGCUAAGGAUAGUGUGUUUAAAUUUUUAUACGAAUGUAGAGAUCAUGUUCUUACAUCACAGAACUCAACCAAUAAACAUACUGUAACAUUUCACGUUUUGAAAGUUUAAUGAAAGAUAGCAUUCUAGAAUAAUACGUAUUUGUCAUUUUUUAGUACAAAAGACAGCUGUAAUAAUGAUUUACUUCCUUUUGGUCAUUCCUGCUUUGAAUUGCCUUUAGACUUGCAGUACAUAGGCUAGGAUGUUUCCAGACUACCUUUCCUAAGGUGCAAAAUGUGAUUUAGAUAAGUGAGAAUUUAUACAGUGGGAUUCUUAGUUGAGCAUUUUGAGGAUAAGCCAACAAGAUGUCAGGAAGCUAUAACUGAGUAUAAAGCAUUCCAGGGAUGAGCCACGCAUCGAAGAAGCUCUUAGAAAGAAAGAACUUUCCAGAUUGGCCAGAGAGCUUGUGACCAGCCUGUCAGGAUAUGUUCUGGAUAAAGUUUCAGUUGCUGAGAUAAAUGGUACACAGUGUUUAACAAAAUACUGUAAGCUACUUUCUUGAGGACGUGAUGGUGGAAUAUGACCAAAGGGACUGUGUGUUUAUAUUUGUUGGUAUUAUAGGAUUAGAAAACCAGUCAGAUAAUUCCCAUAAGAUAAAGAUCUUCCAUCAGUGGACGGCCACCAAUCAUCCAUAAGAUUGACCGUUUCUUUGAACACUAAAGACACUCUAAAAAGCAUUGAGGAUUGUCAUUCCUUCACCAUGGUUAUUUUCCCCUGCAAAGAUUGGCAACGACAAAUUUCAGCUUAGGGUUGUUUGUAUUAUUUUGGGAGUACUAGAGAAUUCAGGAGUUUUAUAAUAAAUCCAAAGCAUUUUGAUUUGCAUUUGUAAUUUCUAUUCAUUUAAUAUUACUAGAUUUAUUAAUGUGAAGGAAUCAGGGAGCUUAUUUCAAACACAGCUAAGUUGCAGUUUUCAGAAGUCUACAAAAAUGGAAAGAAACUAGACAUCAAAAGAGGCAGAAACAUAUCAAUGAUACAAUCUCAGAAAACCAAUUUUUUAAGGUGCCUUCAUGUGAUAAUUGUGGUAUUUAAAGUCAGGAGUAUGUUUUCAUGAGACUGUUCCAAGAAUAUAUAUCCACCAGGCCUAUUGGGUUUUUUGACAGUUUUCCAUAAACAGUCAAAAGUCUUAACCCUUUAAAACCAAAAUAUAAAGUCAAGAAGCUGAAUGAUGGAUACACAGUCACUGUACUAUUUUUGGAACUUCUUAUGAGUCUGUAUAUCAAAAGGGUUUUAAAAAGUAAAUUUAUGAUUAUCUACAUAAACCAAACAUAGUAUUUAGUGUUCAGUUCCAGACAAAUAAAUAAUAUAAAUUAAAUAUAACUUACUUCCUUCUUAAGUUUAAAGAAAGAAACACCUCAGGUUUGUAACGACUGAGUAUCUAAAGAUCUGCUUUGCCCUUCCAGAAAAGAAAAAACAACAAUCUAAAACCAAGAACUCCAAUUCCCUAUAAAAUAUCCUAUGAUUUUAUAUUUGUAGUAGUAUCUUCUUUCUGUGGUACCUGGGUUUACCUUUUUGGGUAAGAUACAUUAAGAAAAAGUUCUUUUUCUUCAUGGGGUGGUAGUUCUUUGCUUUGCUGUGUUCUCUCUAAUUACACAGUGUGACGAGGUGUGCGCUAGGGCCGUGCUUUGAUGAAGAAGGUGCAGCAUCUGUGUGUUUUUGUUCUAAGCUCAGAGGGAUUUAGUAAUUGACUUCAUCUUGCUUUGGUUAUUUUUAUAAUUGAAAUCCUGAUCAGAGCCGCUGAGAAUAAUUUGGGUUUUGAUUAUUGUCUUUUUUGUAUAUGUUGUUGGCAUUAAGAAUUACCUUUUGUCUUUUUUUCUUGUUCAGCUCUGUGGAAUUUACAUUUGCUCUUUGGUGUUUUCUUAUUUCUUAAAUGGAUUAUUAAGAAAUUUAUUGUAAAUUACAUGAACUAAAGAUUUGUAAUCUGUUACCCUCAAAGGUUUUUUUUUAAGAUUUUAUGUAUUUACUUUGAGAGAGACAGAGCAAGCAUGCACAAAUAAGGGGAGGGGCAAA